UGUACCCCACCGUGGACAGGUUCCUCUUCUUCGCGAUCAGCGACGGCUACAUGGAGGACGCGGUCAGGUGCUACGUGGUGCCCGAACACCGCGUCCCUCGCUGGAAGUACCCCUACGCGGUGCUGCAGCCCGAAGUGUGGGUGUGCCUCGUCUUGGCGAUGGCGGCACUAGUGAUGGUGCUGUCUCUGAGGACAGAUCAGGGCGUUGUCGCGGACACCAUGACGGUCCUCGGCGUGCUCACGGAAGGCAGCUGGGCGUCGUGUCUCAGGAAGCCACGGCGCUGCUCGGCCCUCAUCGUGCUCUGGGUGGUGUUUGCCAUGCACUUCAACUCCGGCUACCGCGCAGUGCUGUCUACGGCCAAUGUAGGUCGUCUGGUGACUCGGGGAUUUUCGUCGUUUAGGGAAGUAAAGGAGUCAGCAGCGCGUAUUCUUACGAUGUCGCUGGGACUUCAAAACGAAGUAGAAGAAUUACUCGGUUCUAUUGAAGUAUGCGAAUCAUUGGAGAAGUGCUCCAGAAUACUUUGGAUGAAUCAGGAAAGUUCGGCCCUGGUCAUGACUGGUCGCACCAUGGAGUUCGCCGGUCCCAAGUACUUCCUAGACGAUCGCGCUCGCCGUUUCUUGAGGCCUCUCCGCGAGACAGUGUUCACUUUCUAUACGGGUGCCUUAUUGGAACGUGACUCUCCGCUCCUGCCUGCCGUCAACCAAGCCGUGGCUGCCAUCCGAGGAGGGGCAUUGUACAAACCAUGGUUGACAAGAGUGGAUGCCAUUGCUCAACGACUGGUCAGGAAAAAAAAGCGGAGACGCCCAGACGGUCCUCCUAGACUGGACUUGACUAGAACCAUGGGGCCAUUCACUCUGCUUGCGACAGGGCUAGCGGCUUCCACGUGCGUUUUCGUGGGGGAACUUCUGUGGCUACGUUGUGCAGGUCGACAGGGGCAAGUCCGCGAAAUCGCAGGAAGUCCAAGAUACAAUUUGGAGCCAGCAGAAUGAUUGGGCACUGUGACAGUUUUUGCUGAAAUGCCUGUCAACUGGAGACUACCAAUCACAUUCAUCGAUAAGAAGUCAUGUGAACGAAAUGAUUCAUCACCUUCAAAUUCCCGCUGAGAUUUUUAAUUUAUCUCUAUUGGUUGCCGAGUAAUCCCGACUCGGAUGGACCAUGGUCGAUGUUUCAUAUCUUACCCUUUAUGACAGUGGCCUUGUUUUAGUAUGCCCUGUUCAUCGUAACUGAAGUACGUUAAUUGAAGUUAAUUGAAUAGAAACUGCAGUAUAAUGAGAACAUUUAAUUUGAUUUAGCUUCUUUCAAACCUGGACCAUCUUCUAAUAAAACUUUUGCGCCUUCCUGCAAGAAGUUUAAAGCUAAUGCAUUUUUCUGUGCUAGCUUAUGCCGCCCGCUGCACCCCACCCUGACCCCGCUGCACGCCACUUCCGACGCCGCUGUCCAGGAGGAUACUGUCAAAC